CUUUUAUAAGAGGGGACAUUCACAAAAAUAUCAGUAGUCUUCCACAGAUCACCAGGAAAGAUGAUCCUCAAAAUCGCAGCCAUCGGGUUGGUCACGGCUCUUGUAUGGUUACAAGGUGCUAAUGGAGCUUCCUACUCGAAAGUUUACGUCCAGUCUGGUGGCCCAGAUGUAGUUCCAUUGGAAUAUUAUAAUUAUGGUGCUCCGCCCGUGAUCUCAGAUCCCCAAAUAGCUCGCUUAUCAGCAGCGCCUAUUGGAUCAAUCGUACCUGUUCAAACGGUAUCCAAUGUAAUACCGCCUUGCGUCUCGCCGUGUGUGGUCUCUGGUCCUAGCAUUGCCCCAGUAGCUCCAGUCCCCAGUGCUAAGAUUGUUUCCUACAACUCUCCACAAAUUCCUGUUGUGGUUGCGGCAAACAAGGACCAUGGUUAUGAAUAUUCUUACGUAGUAUACGAUGAAAAUACUGGCGAUAGAAAAGCCCAACGUGAACUAAGUGAUGGCGCUGUAGUCCGUGGAGAGUACUCAUUUUUGCAACCCGACGGGUACGUUCGGGAAGUGCAAUAUACAGCUGACGAUUUGACGGGAUUCAAUGUCGUCGUUAAAAGCAUUUUGCCCGAGACUGUUAAAAAACCCGAAAAAGGUGAGCAAGCUCCGUGUCCUAUUGUGAAACAUGAAGAUUUAAAAGUAAACGUAUCAACUGAUGCUCCAUCUCAUGAUGAUCAUGGGCAUGAAGGGCAUGACCAUGGACCUGAAGGUCACGACCAUGGACACGAAGGUCAUGACCAUGGGCCUGAAGGACACGACCACGGGCACGAAGGUCAUGAUCAUGGACCUGAAGGACACGACCACGGACACGAAGGUCAUGACCAUGGACCUGAGGGACACGAUCAUGGACACGAAGGUCAUGACCACGGACCCGAAGGUCAUGACCACGUGCACGUUGAAUUAGUAGAAGUCAAGGAACCCACACAUGAAGCAGUCGUUGUAGAGCACACAGAGCCUGAACAUGAAGCUGUUCAAGAACACGAGCUUGUUCACGAGCCAGAACCUGAACAAGCGCAUGUUGAACAAAUCCCCAUAACAGAGCAUGCUCCCGAACCAGAGCACGAGCAUCCCCAUGCUCCUGUGCCAGCCGUGGAACAAGUUGAAGUACAUUCCGAAAUCCCAGCGGUCACGCACGAAGCGGUGGUAGAAGUAGUUGACUUGCCACACCAGGAUCCAUCCCCCAAUGUGUUAGUACCUUAUGAUGAGGUACUCCGAUGCUUACAAGCCAAAUCUCAAUCACAAAAGGGAUUGAGCUUUUCUCCACUAACUUACAUUAUUUUGCCAGCUUCUCAACGCCCAUGUAUCGUAGCUUUCAGCGCCCUCUUGGCCGCGGCCAACGCUGGUCUCUUCGGGCACGCCACCUCGCACCAGAGCAUCGUCCGCCACGACGAGCACCACGCGCCGGCCCACUACGCUGCCCCAGUAGUCCACGCUGCCCCAGUAGCUCACUACGCUGCCCCAGUAGUCCACGCCGCCCCAGUAGCUCACUACGCCCCGGUCGCUUACGCCGCCCCUGCUGCUCACUACGCGCAUGACGAAUACGCUCACCCUAAAUACGACUACGAAUACUCAGUGGCCGACCCCCACACCGGCGACCACAAGUCCCAGCACGAGUCCCGCGACGGCGACUCCGUCCAUGGCUACUACUCCCUGGUCCAGCCUGACGGCUCCGUCCGCAAGGUCGAGUACACCGCUGACGCACACAACGGUACACCCGACUUUGAAACUACAAGCAAAAUGUUCAGCAAAAUUGUAGCCUUCGGUGCCCUCUUGGCUGCGGCCAACGCAGGCUACCACGGUCACGCGGUGUCUUCCCAGAGCAUCGUCCGCCACGACGAGGGUGGCCACGCUCCGUUGGGCUAUUACGCUGCGCCCGCGCACUACGCCGCUCCCCUGGUGCACGCCGCUCCCCUGGCCCAUUAUGGUGCUCCCCUGGCCUACGCUGGCCACUACGAAGGUCAUGAUGACUAUGCCCACGCUCACCCCAAAUACGACUUCGCUUACUCCGUGGCCGACCCCCACACCGGCGACCACAAGUCCCAGCACGAGUCCCGCGACGGCGACUCCGUCCACGGCUACUACUCCCUGGUCCAGCCUGACGGCUCCGUCCGCAAGGUCGAGUACACCGCUGAUGACCACAAUGGCUUCAACGCGGUAGUACACAACUCCGCCCCGUCCGUCCACCCCGAGCCCGCCUACCACCACUACUGAACAAAGACUUGUAUUCUUGAAGCCAUGAACCAAACUUUGUACUUAAUUUAUUAAAAACCUUAAUAUUUAA